AUGGACGACUUGAGAGAAAAGUGCCCCUGGGACCGCAAGCAAACCAUGGAAACCCUGCGCCCGCUUUCCAUUGAGGAAACCUAUGAGCUUGGCGAUGCCAUUCUGGAUAACGAUUUGCCCGAAGUAAGCAAAGAGCUGGGCGAUAUUCUCCUGCACAUGGUUUUUUACGCCAAAAUUGGCGAGGAAAAACAGGCCUUUGAUAUUGCCGAUGUGUUGCACGGCAUCUGCGAAAAGCUCAUUUCUCGACACCCGCAUAUUUACGGUGACGUGAAAGCCGAUGACGAAGAAACGGUUAAGGCCAAUUGGGAAAAGCUAAAGCUUAAAGAAGGCAAAAAAUCGGUACUGGAAGGCGUGCCCAAAUCGUUGCCGGCCAUGGUAAAGGCCACCCGCAUUCAGGAAAAAGCCCGUGGCGCUGGUUUUGAUUGGGACGAAGCCGAACAGGUAUGGGAGAAAGUAGAGGAGGAGCUAGACGAGCUUAAAGCGGAAAUAGCCAAAAACGAUGCCCAGAAAACCGAGGAAGAGUUUGGCGACCUGCUGUUUUCGGUAAUUAAUCUUGCCCGUUUCGUAAAAGUUGAUCCCGAAUCCGCCCUGGAGCGUACCAACAAGAAAUUUAUUAGCCGUUUUCAGUACAUGGAAGAACAGGUGAAGGCUAAGGGUCAGGAUCUUACUGAUCUGAGCCUGAAGGAAAUGGAUAUAUACUGGGAGGAGGCUAAAGAAAAGUAA